AUGAUUUAUGCUUUUGAAGCUUUAAAAUAAAUUAAUAAACGGCUGUAAAACGUGAGCUGCAGCUUUUCUUCUGUUGGUUAAAAAAACGUCUUUUAAUUAAAAUGUAAUUAAUAAAGAACCCGAUAAUAAUCAGUCAUUUCUGUAAAGACUCAAUAAUUACUCCACGAUCACGCUUCAGGUUUCAUUUCACUUAUUUUGAUUUUUUUUUAAUUAUCUGAAAACAAAUUAUUUCUUUAUCUAAAUAUCUGGUUUCCCAACCUGAGGCGUGCGACCCCUCAAAGGGACGCGGGAUUAAAAAAUUAAAGAUUAUUGAGGUGAUUUAGUUUUUGAUGAUUUGUCUUUAAAAACGUUGUGAAUGUUUUUAAAUCUCCUCGUGAAGUAAAGCUGACUGAAUCUGAUUCUUUUUAUGUCGUUUUAUUUUUAUAUUUUUAUACGUUUUUUACGUGGUACGAAAUCAGCUGUUUUUUAAAGCUGCAGUAACGCCGGAUCCUGCGUACGCGAUGACAUCACCCCGUGUGUCUCUGUGGGAAUCGUACUCGUCCUCACUUUGUUCUUAUUUGUUUUGAGUUCCUCUCCAAACACAACAACAUUCAUUAAACAUGUUGAUGUUUGACUUGAAGCUCAGCUGGGGACUUUAAACGUGGCGUUUUCCCACGGCGAGCCCUCUCGCUCGCACACGGGGGAGAACGUGUGUUUAUGGUGGUUUUGGUUGAGAGCUGCUCGUGUCUGUGCAGGUCUGAGGCUGAUAAGAGCCAGACUGGAGGAUUAUGGUAAUGACGGGCUGCCACCGACUCACUCACUGACUGCAGGGUCCCAUCACAGGCGAGCGAGGGAGCGGGCGGGUGGCUGGGUGGGCGAGCGAGCUGCGGACACUUAUCUCCGUGUUGCAGUGGGCGGUUCUUCACGACACCUUGACUCUCACUGCAGCUGGACAAAGAAACAGCUCAGCGGGUUUAUCACCAAAAAACAGCUCCAAAGUGGGCGACUCGAUGGUGCGUGAUGAUUGUUUUACAACCACCAAUCAUCCCGACGGCGCUCGGAUGGCGAAGGAUUCUGACCAGCAGAUAUGAUCAGCAAUAAGCCGUAACGACUCCCGGCAUGGUGAAACUCUUUUUUUGUUAUCUCUCAGAAACAAAAACCAAACCAAAAAGAAAUCAAUCAGAGCGAUCAUUUCCUCUCGUUCGGCAGUCAAAGAGAAAACACUUUCUGCGGCAUUUUGGCGGCGUCCUACCCCCGCCAUCAACUCAUCAGAUAAGAACGCUGCUCUGCGGCUCCUUCAGCAGAACCCGUGACCUUCAGGAAACAGAAAAAAAAAAAAAAACUGCUUCCUGAAAGUGGUCAGAUUUUUUGUUUCUUCCAUUCAGAGUGCGGGGAACAAAAUAAAAAAAAGGACGCCUGGUGCAUCUUUGGAUGGAUGAAACUGUAUGUACGGUUGCCAAGGAGACCGCUGGUGGAGGGGGUAGUUAGAGGCUGUUAACCCACACACCCUGUGUUUUCAUUCACUCUGCUUCGUCCUCAGGAAUCACUUCACAGCUGCCGAACACUCGACACAGUCUGAAGAUAGGAAUCCCCCGGGGGACGCUGCAGCUUUAAAUGGACAUAAUUGAGAGUCAAUGAUCACCACAUCAGCUGCAGAGUAACUAAUCACAAAUGCUCGCCCCCCGACUCGAGGAGAACGAGUCCCAUCAGCAGGCUCAGCUGUGCGUCCGUCACGCUCCCACGCUCACUUCUCAUUUCUCCGCUGGUCGCCUGCGCUGAGGAAUUAUCUGCUGUCAAGACCUGCCCGGGCCGCCGCCACCGUGGGGGGGCAGGGGAGGUUCUGAGCCAUGCUGUCAGCCGCCAUCCAGAUCCUGGCGUUCGCCCUGGCGCUCCUCGGCCUCCUCGGCACCACGGUCGCCACUCUGCUGCCCAACUGGAAGGUGAGCAUGAACGUCUGGUCCAGCGUCAUGACCCCGAUCUCGCAGAUGCAGGGUCUGUGGAUGGACUGCGUGUGGUACAGCUCGGGGGUCUUCAGCUGCACCAUGAAGAACUCGGUGCUGUCGCUGCCGCCGUACCUGCAGACCACUCGGGCCGCCAUGGUUCUGUCCUGCAUGGUGGCAGCGUUCGGACUCUGUCUCGCCUCUCUCGGGCUUAAAUGCACCCGCUGGGGGGGCAGCCGCCGAGCGAAGGGGCACACGGCCAUCGCCGCGGGGGGGUGCUUCAUCCUCGCCAGCCUCCUGUGCCUCGUCCCCGCGUCCUGGUUCACCAACGAGGUCAUCACCGUGUUCCUGACCACCGACCUGCCGGACAGCAGUAAGUAUCAGCCUGGAGGAGCGCUCUGCGUCACCUUCAUCUCCGCUGGAUUCCUCCUGGCCGGGGGGGUCAUUUUCUGCUUGUCAUGUCCUGGAAAAGGAACGAGGCGACCAGACUACCCGUACCCCCCCGACCCCGACAGGUUCGUGGUGCCCGGAGACGAGUGUCGGAGGUGGGAGCUGCGGACUGAGCACGUGCAGCCGAAAAAGAGAAAAAACAAAACGGUUAAGAUUCAGACGGACGACGAAGUGACGGAGGAGAAACCCCCUCAGGAGAAACCCGAACACACCCGGGAGCAGAGGGUCCGCUCGUCCCCCGCCAAACUCCCCCCGAAAGACAUCAUGGACAGCUACAGCCUCCAGGAGUACGUGUAACCCUCACAGCUGAGAGGAAAUGUGGAGUUCUCAGCUGAGGCUUUCUGGCUCAUAGGAAAGGGGGAGGUGUGUUUGAGGGGGGGUUGGGGGGGGGGUUGGGGGGGUAAUUACCAAAUGUUGGAUUGAGCCAGAAAAAAAAAAGACAAACAGCAGAGUUCUGCGCAGGAACCGAACGCUGUAAAUCCUUUAAAAACUGACGCAGCUCUCAUACACCAAAGACCUGAACCGGCUGAUUGUAGAAAAAAAAAAAAAAAAUCUGCCUGAAAUUGAAAGCCAUCAUUUUGCCGCUGCAGAUGUCGUCUGCCGUCUGAGAUUAAAUAUUGCUGAAGCAAAGCUUUCUGCAG